GAGCGCGCGCAGCACAGCGUCAGUAUUCAAACAGCAACUGAGCGUGUAACAUUUCACAAAGCGUAAAAUCAAACACACCAACACUUUGACAAAAGUGAAAAAAUAUUGAAGUUAAAAAAAUACUGAAGUGAAAAAGUGAAUCGUGAGCAAACGUCGAAAAGUAGUGAAAUCUGUAUUUCCAUAAAUACGUUACGUGUGAAUUAUCAAAGUAAACAAAAAUGACGAAAGCUAUUGGAAUUGAUUUGGGAACAACCUAUUCGUGCGUCGGAGUUUGGCAAAAUGGUAAGGUGGAGAUAAUUGCUAACGACCAAGGUAAUCGUACAACACCGAGUUACGUGGCUUUUACCGAUACCGAGCGUCUGAUCGGUGACGCAGCGAAGAAUCAAGUGGCUUUGAAUCCGACGAAUACGGUUUUCGACGCAAAACGUUUAAUCGGUCGUCGCUUCGACGAUCCGAAGAUUCAGGGGGACAUCAAGCACUGGCCUUUCCGAGUAGUGAACGAUGGUGGCAAGCCGAAGAUACAAGUCGAAUUUCAAGGUCAAACGAAAACAUUCAAUCCGGAAGAGAUAAGUUCGAUGGUGUUGACGAAAAUGCGAGAAAUCGCGGAGGCUUAUCUCGGUCAUACCGUGAAAGAUGCGGUGAUUACCGUGCCUGCUUAUUUCAAUGAUUCUCAACGUCAAGCUACUAAAGACGCCGGAGCUAUAGCUGGGUUGAAUGUGUUGCGAAUCAUAAACGAGCCGACCGCAGCUGCGCUUGCUUAUGGUCUUGACAAGAAUCUAAAAGGUGAACGCAACAUCCUGAUUUUCGACCUUGGUGGUGGAACUUUUGACGUUUCCAUUCUCUCCAUCGCCGAAGGUUCUCUCUUCGAAGUGAAAUCAACAGCAGGAGACACUCAUCUCGGUGGAGAAGAUUUCGAUUCUCGUCUUGUGAAGCAUUUCUGCCAGGAAUUUGAGCGCAAAUUCAAGAAAAAUCUGGCUAACAAUCCACGUGCUUUGAGAAGAUUGAGAACAGCUGCUGAGCGUGCGAAACGCACAUUGUCAUCGAGCACCGAAGCAACUCUUGAGAUUGAUGCACUUUACGAUGGCCUCGACUUUUACACAAGAAUAUCCCGAGCCCGUUUUGAAGAACUUUGUGCCGAUCUCUUCAGAGCAACGCUCGAACCGGUUGAAAAAGCUUUGAAAGAUGCCAAGAUGGACAAGAGUAUGAUAAACGACAUUGUACUGGUUGGUGGUUCGACUAGGAUCCCCAAAAUUCAGUCUCUCCUGCAAAAUUUCUUCAACGGCAAACAGCUGAAUCUGUCGAUCAAUCCGGAUGAGGCAGUAGCUUACGGCGCAGCAGUUCAAGCAGCUAUUUUAACCGGAGAAGAUGACAAGAGCUCUGCUCUCCAAGAUGUUCUCCUUGUUGAUGUGGCUCCUUUGUCUCUUGGCAUUGAGACUGCAGGAGGCGUCAUGACCAAUAUCAUCGAGCGCAAUUCGAGAAUCCCCUGCAAGCAGACUCAAACUUUUACCACUUAUGCGGACAACCAACCAGCUGUGACGGUACAAGUUUACGAAGGUGAACGUGCUAUGACAAAGGACAACAAUUUGUUGGGUACAUUCGAGCUCACUGGUAUUGCCCCGGCCCCACGGGGCGUUCCUAAGAUCGAAGUAACUUUCGAUCUCGAUGCCAAUGGCAUUCUUCACGUAACUGCCAAAGACACGGGCAGUGGACGCACCCGUGACGUUACGAUCCGCAACGACAAAGGUCGUCUGAGUAGAGCUGAAAUUGAUAGAAUGCUUUCGGACGCCGAGCGCUAUCGCGAUGAAGACGCUAAACAACGAGAGAGAAUUGCUACAAGAAACCAAUUGGAAUCUUAUAUUUUCUCUGUGAAACAAGCUGCCCAGGAAUCCGGUGACAAACUCUCCCAAGAAGACAAAAAUAAGGUUAUCAAUUUGUGUGAGGAAGCAAUCAGUUGGCUCGAUGGCAAUAAUCUUGCUGACAAAGAAGAAUAUCAGCACAAACUUGAAACUCUACAGUCUCAGUGCUCGCCCAUCAUGACUAAGAUUCAUCAAGGAGCCCCCAACGGACGACAAUCCUGUGGUGGCCAACAAUCUUAUGGAGGUGGACAAAAUUCUGGACCAACCAUUGAAGAGAUGGACUAGAAAACACGUCAGCAUACUGAUAUGUUUGCCUCAUUAAACAUCUCAAUUACCAUAUUAUUCUUUUAAUCCUCAUGAUUUUCGUAGACCAAAGUUUAGAAACUUUGUAGAAAUGUCUUGUUACAUCUUAUCCAUUAACUCACUUGAACUCUUCAGAUUCAUAAACUUCUCCCUUUUAUCGCAACCUUCAGAACUGAAAUACUAAGACUGAAGCAUUUUUUUUGCCAAUGUAUACUUUUCUGUAACAGUAUGAAAAAAUUACAACAAGAAAAAUAAAAGAUGUACAAACAUAUAAAAUUAAA